CUCGCCAGUAAACUGCGAGACUACCAGCGAUUCGUCGGGUGAAACUCCGUGUUAACGUUAAAUUUUCAUUUCUCGAUCGCGCCAGGAAAUAUUUUCCCCCGAACGAUUCGUUCGUCGAAAGAGGUUGCCUUUUCCCGACGGUUUCAUGACAUCCCGACCCAUAUUUCGCGUUCGUAUCGGUUAGCUGUCAGAUUAUUAAAGAUACAAGCAGUGCAUGUCAUCUAACUUCUCACGCGAUCGCGUACCGUGGCAGUAGAAAAGCAAUACCGCGGGACCAAUGGAUAUCAGUCGGCUACGAGCCGUGAAGUAACACGGAGCUGUGCGAGUCCGAUCGAUUCCGAAUAAUCGUGCGUCGUCUCGCGUGGUGUUCAUCCCUGUGCUCGACGCACCGAUCGUUAUCCCGCUAUCUGGAUUCGUAGAUUUCGUUCUAGAAAGUGGUGCGUACGGUAAACUCGAGUGACAGCAAGGAACGAAAAUAGAUGUCAUCGCGUGGAGCCACGUGACAGAACGAGAAUUCAUAUGCGACAGCGAACGUGACAGACCGAGAACAAUAAAAUUGUUCAACGAUCAGACGUACUCUCGCUGCGACGCGAACAGUUUCGGUGGGAAAACGGCGAACACGCCACAGUUCUCCCCGGUAAACGCGCAGUGAAGUUGUCUCGGUGGGUGCCAUUGACCGCCAUAUUCAGGACAGAUACUCCGAGAUCGAGUUUCGAAAAAACCUUGGAAGGUGAUACGUCGGUGGCGUCGAAAAGGUUGAGGAUCGGUUUGUCGAACAUAUUACGCGUUAAAUCAACGAAAACGACGCGGUGGGAAACACGACGUCGAGAUGGAGUUCAAGUUCAACGUAAAUAAACUCUUGCCCAGGCAGAUCAACAAGGUCACGCACACUCUCAUCCCGGAAGACUUCAAAGGCGAUCGUCGUGAAUUACACGAAUGCCAGAGGCAAUUGGGCAGAGUCCUCGACGAUAUGGGCGAGGCUUCGGCAAGGGCUCAGGGUCUGAACAAGCCAAUAACUAGCACCCUAAAACUUCGAGACACGGACCAUUUGGUAUAUUUAUUAGUGGACAACGAAGCUAACAACGGACUGGGUUGCGUGGUGGGUUUGCUAAAGACCGGAUCGAAGAAUCUCUUCAUGUUCGACGAGACAGGAACUCAUUACCAGCUGAAGCCCAGGUGCGUUUUGGACUUUUAUGUUCACGAGUCCCGGCAACGCAUGGGCCUCGGAAAUAUCCUCUACGAGUACAUGCUCUCUGAGGAGAACAUUAGGCCAUGGAAGCUGGCGAUCGAUCGACCUUCGGGGAAAUUCUUAGCCUUCCUGGACAAGUACUACGGCCUCUCGAAAAUAAUCCCGCAGAAUAAUAAAUUCGUCGUCUUCGAAGGAUUCUUCGACGAUGAGCGCCAGGAUGUCAGGUCAAAUAGAUAUAGCUUACCUGCUAAAACGACAAACGAUAUCGGUGGAUCAAAUAACAUUCAUAAUAACAAUAACGGAAAAAGUAAUUCUGGAAUGAACGGCGUUCAGUAUCCUGCAUUUGUUGCGCGUAAUUCGAUCGGCAGAUACGCCGCAGCACGGCCUCCUUGUUCCAUGGCAAAUAUAAUCCAUAACACUGCUGUGCUUGGUCCAUCAGUCGAACGUACCGAUUAUUUUUUCAGUGAACAAUCAAGGACACCUACUGCUAUGCAGUUGAAACCAGACCGACCACGCUCAUUAAGUAUUUACUCUGAAGAGGAACAGAAGCAACGCACAAGCGAACUGUCCACGGUACCAACGCCUGCUUUACCCGAUCAUCAACCAACUCCCCUUGCUACUAUUUUACGAGACACAGAAAAGACCGAAAAGAACAUGAAACCGUCUCCCUCAUGUAGUCAAGAAGUAGCCGGUACUAAUCAACACACUCGAUUGGACCUCAAAUUUUAUCAUUCACCUUUAUGGUAAUGCAACUGAAAAAAAAUGAGAAAUUAUUAUUUCCCUGGGUAGAAUUAUUUUUAAUUUAUU